CGAACUCCGAUGAGAGUGACAGCAACGGACAAGAAGAGGAAUGACGAGGAUGAAGAUGGCUUAUCUUCUGCCACUUUAUCGCGAAGAUUUGAGAAAACGGAACCUGCCAGUGUUCCUUUACCCAGUGCAUUGAUGCUAUGCUGGUAUCAGCUCGCGAGUUUAGGUGCUGCAUGGAAGUGGACUGUGCACGUGGAAAACUUACAUUUGAUUGAAGUAUUGAACGGAUAUCGUGCAUCACAUAGUCCGGAGACAGGUGGCACGGUUACUUCGGGACAGAAAUGGGAAAACGUACCGCCCCAGGAAUGGCACCUCAGAAAACGAGUAAGUACAAUUUGUUUACAUAACAGCAAGAUUUACAAUUGGUAAAUAAUUUUUUGUCGGCCUCCGUAUUCAAGACUGUCCUGGAUAGUUUUUGUCUAUCUGCAAGACAAAUCAUGUUGAUUUUCUCACAAUAAAUUAUGUCUUCAAACCUUUAUCACAGAUUUCUUAGAGCUACAGCCUACAGGUGGCUGGUUCGAUGGAUCUUUAGCUACUUGGACUGGGAGAAUAGUAGGCCAUUGCCAGCAUGUGUCUACCACAAUAUCAGAUCUAAAUAUGGGUCCCACAGUGCAACUUGAUAUACAUCAGCAGAAGAAAGGAACUGAGAUGUAAUCAUUAUUGUCUAAUUAUUUCUAAUAGAAUUUUACAAAUAAAUUUGAAUUGACUUACUCCA